CGAGUCUCCUCGCACUGAGCCAAAGGGUUUGUGCACCCAGAACCAGUUUUAAACACUUUUUAAAAAUAAAGCGUUUGGACUGUACAACACUGGAACGGAAUCAGAGCAAAGGUCCUAAGUCUAUGCUGCCUGUCAACGGAAACCUAGCUGAACUGAGGGGUGAUGGCUGGUCCGGAAAUCAGAGCCAUGAAGAAGUAGGAUGAUUUGGGCUGCUGCUGGUCUGGGUGCUCCUUCAAUUGCGUCCCUCAGCAAAACACACACUAGGCAAUUAUACGGCACCAGCAAGAUGAACAAAAACAAACUGAUUCAUGAUUUCCUGGACGUGGUUUCCAGGGGUGACGUGGAAUGCAUCUGUGGCCGUAUUCCUGAAGUCCAUUCAGUCCUCGGGAACCUUGACUUUCAGCACCCACAGACCGGAAAUACACCUCUCAUUACCGCAGCAGAAGAAAAUCUAUCAGAGGUCGUUGAGAUUCUUCUGGAGAAGGGAGCGGAUAUCACCCUCUGUAAUUACAGCAACCAAACUGCGCUCCAUGUGGCUAAUGGUGGCAUCCGGAGACAGCUAUUGGCCGGCAGGAGAAUCCAAGCUCCCCAAAUGCAGCUUCUAAGAAGUUCGUGGCAGGGCAAUCUUGAGCAGCUUCAGCACUUGCUGGCAUCUGAAGAGUUCCUGGAUAUAAACUUCCCAAACCUGCAUGGCCUGACCCCUCUGAUGCUGGCUGUGAGAGACGUGGACCUAUUUGAGAGUCUGGAUGUAUUAACAGUCUACAAGCCUGCCGAAGUUCUAACCGAGCUCCUCCGGCAUCGUGCAGAUCCUAAGCUUUGUGACUUCAGUGGCAAGUCCGCAAUACAUUAUGUGUCACAAAUUGAAAGUUGGAGGAAGCCGCAGUUAUUGGACAUCCUGAUGAAUUCCAUGCCCAAACCAGAAAGACAUGCGGAGUCACUACUUGACAUUGGUCAUGAGACAAGCUCUUCUCCAGUGGGUAUGACAGUUUCCAAAACUGAAAACAUCAUCUUGCAGAGUGUCAGCAGCAGUGAGGACUUUGGCCUUGAGGAUGACGACAGCCUGUCUAUACCGGAUGGUGAAGAAGGAGCUCCCAGGAGUGAAGACUGGCCAUGCCGGACAGAAGGUGUCGAGAUUAUAGUGACAUUUCCACCAGAUCCUCCCCAAGAAACCAGCCAAGAAGAUUUGAAAGAAAUCAAUCAGGUGAUGUCAGUGCAUCAGGAGUGGGGACAGGUGCACCCUGUCUCUCCCCCGCAUGCAGUGGGGAUGGUGGGCCUCCUUCUGAAGAGGGAAGGAAGUUCUGAGGAGCUCCGUGGUGCAGAUGUGGCCCUCUUCCCGUCAAGACCUGGCUUAGACCCAGGUACUGCUACGUCUGCAGCCAGGGAGGAGGUUCCUCGGGACCCGAGCGUGCAGCAAAGGACAGCUGAAGAAUUUCCUACUUCUGACAUGAGAUACAGUAGCCGGAGAAUCGAGAUUCCUCUGCCACCACCAUCACUCUUGCCCAUGAGGUCUUGUGUCCUCGAUGCGGAAAAAAGUCACAAGUUCCCAAGACCCAGGGAGAGAACAGUCCUAAGCCUCAUCCCCUCGGGCCCUAAGCUCUUGGAGCCUCUUAGCCGAUCAGCUGAGCUUAGUUCAUCAAAGAACCAUCCCGGAGUCACAUGGAAAGGACCAGCGGAACAGACCCUCAGGGCUUCUGACAGUGCCAUUUGGUCUAGAAACAUGUGCUCUUUCCGGAAGGUGAACCAUCCCAGAAGACAGGGGGGAGUGGCGGAGAGCUGGCGACCCCGGGAAAUGGAAGGAUGGGACAAGACUGGGAUCUCUGGCUUGGAAGAAGGGCCAUCUGUGGUUUCCUGUGAGAGUGUCGAGGAAGGCAACAUUCCCACAGAGAGGGAAAGGGGCAGUGGGCGCCAGAGGAAAGGGGAGGAGAACUCCCAGUGUCUUUCAUUAAGAAAACAAGAGGGCUCAACAGUCGGAGUGUGUGCGGAACAAGACCCCGAAGUUGUGUACCCCAUGCUCGGCAAGCUCCAGGAAGCCUCGGAUGCAGAAAUAACCCCAGCUGAGGAAAAAGAGGUCAGAAAUGAGAAAGUUCCCGAUUCCAGAAGCAAUUCUUUACCCCAAGCUGUAGCAAAGGAACUGCACACUGUGUUAGAAGAGCUCAGCCUUCCUAAGCACGCCUCCGGUGUGGACUCCGAUGGCUGUGCUGGAGAGCUCUCAGAAAGUGAGAGAGACACGGAACGGAACAAAAACCUACCGCUAGAGGAAUCAACCAAACCAGAAAUGGAUGGGAUGGUGCCGCCGACCCAAAUCACAUUCCCUGGAGAAGGGACACCCAAGGAGCCAGCCUCAGCCAAAGCCAACCUCCAAAAGAGAAAGCCCUUGGUGCCGAACAGCCACAACCUCAACACGCUUGCGCAACGAGAACAGGACAAACUCCAGGCAAAUGCUCAUAGAGCCAAGUUGGAUUCAAGGACGAAGGCGAGAAACAGACCACCUCCUAAUCUCACGGUUUCCAUUCAAGCUUCCACUAAACCCAACAGGCAUAAAAGCAGCAUAAAAACUCAAGUUUUCCCUGCUUUGGAACUUAUGGACCCCAGACCUCAUCCAUCCCCCAAGUUUCAAAGGAGAGCGCCUCUGACAGAAAAGAAGAACUCAGUGCACCAGACCCAGAAACCUAAAAAGCAAGCAUUUCCUCGAAUCUGUAAAAAUUCAGGUAUAAAGAAGCCAUGUGUUCCCCUCUCGGCUGAAGCAACAGGUCCAAGCCUGCAUUUCCUGGACUUGAAGUAUAGCGACAUGUUCAAAGAAAUCAAUUCCACCUCCAACGGACCAGGGAUCUACGAGAUGUUUGGGACUCCUAUUUACAGUCACAUUCGAGAGGCAGAAAGGCUCGAACACAGACAUCACCGUGAGGUAUGCACAGCUCCCCUGGGCCGAUGCGUCACCAGCAAACGCCAGUCUUCCCAAAGCGACAGAAGCAGCAAUGGCCGAGCAAGACUUCUUCAGAAGAGGCCACAUGUUAAGCCCCCAAAGCCUCCACUUGGCCUCAAGCCAAAGCACAGAGGGUUAAUUUCCAAAGAAAAAGGUUGCAAGGCGAUGGGUAGCCACUCAGAGGAGGCUGUGUCGGAACCAGAUUGGCAGGUGAAAUCUCCAGGAAACGGUUUUCUGUCUCCCGAGGAUGAAGUUCAGCUCACGAACUUGACGCUGAUCCCUGAGCAAUCCCCCCAACAGAAAGAAACCCCUCCUGUCUCCGAUCUAUCCAUUGUUGAAGAAAUCUUCACGGAGGAGUGUGCGGAUGACGGUGACGUACUCACCCAAAGCCUUGGAGAUCUGAAAGACCUUGAGGAGCUGUACCACCAGACCCUGCUCGUCCCUUCAGAAGACAGCUGGGCUGUGCUCAGCAACACCAGCUCAAGCAAGCAUGUGUUGCACCACCAGACCCUGCUUGUCCCUUCAGAAGACAGCUGGGCUGUGCUCAGCAACGAGGGUUCAGGCAAGCAUCGCGUGUCGCCAGAAAAGCGGGAUGGAGAACCUCUUGACAAAGUAAAUGCUGGCCAGAUGUCCAUGGACUACCUAGAAUUCGACAGCCUUUCAGAUAAGUCUAAAACACUUGUGAGCUUUUCAAGUUUCUCUUUCCAUGAGAACCCAGAAAGCGUACCUUCCCCGCCAGAACAACACUGGACACGCUCUUUGGAUCAGGAUAGCCUAGAAAAUAACUCUGUCACAUAUCGAACUUUUGGAAGGACUUCCCAAGAAAUCUUAGACCCGGGAAAGAAGGAAGAAUUGACGGACGAGUUGCUAGGCUGUCUAGUUGAAGAACUAUUAGCACUCGAUGAGACAGAUAACAGCUCUUGCCAAGUAAUGACAAACGAGGCAGAUGCCGAAAACCUGAACCUUGUCUUCAGCAGGAGAGGCAAUACCAUCGAAGAACUGGACAGAGAGACGACAAAUGUCAAACUACAGAGGUGUAUUAAUGGAUUCAGGAUAUAUGACAAGGAGGAAAACUUUCUUAACUCAAAUGAAAAGAAGACACUUUCUGACCAGAGUCUAAAACAUGAAGAGGCUAUAUUCUGGACCAAGGGUGAGAUCCUUGGGAGAGGAGCAUAUGGCACAGUCUACUGCGGACUUACCAGCCUAGGGCAGCUCAUAGCCGUAAAGCAGGUGGCCUUGGACACUUCUGACAAAUUGGCUACUGAGAAAGAGUACCGGAAACUGCAGGAGGAAGUGGAUUUGCUGAAGGCACUGAAGCACGUAAACAUCGUGGCUUACCUAGGGACAUGCCUGGAGGAAAACACGGUGAGCAUCUUCAUGGAAUUUGUCCCUGGUGGCUCCAUCUCUAGUAUUAUAAACCGCUUCGGGCCCCUGCCUGAGACGGUGUUCUGUCAAUACACAAGGCAGAUCCUGCAAGGUGUGGCUUACCUCCACGAGAACUGUGUGGUCCACCGAGACAUCAAAGGGAACAAUGUCAUGCUCAUGCCAACCGGAACAAUAAAGCUGAUUGACUUCGGCUGUGCCAAGCGUUUGGCCUGGGCAGGCUUAAACGGUACCCACAGUGACAUGCUGAAGUCCAUGCGUGGGACGCCAUACUGGAUGGCCCCUGAGGUCAUCAAUGAGUCUGGCUAUGGAAGGAAAUCAGACAUAUGGAGCAUCGGCUGUACCGUGUUUGAGAUGGCCACUGGGAAGCCUCCCCUGGCUUCCAUGGAUAGGAUGGCAGCCAUGUUUUACAUUGGAGCCCACAGAGGCCUAAUGCCUCCUCUACCUGAUCGAUUCUCAGAAUCCGCUGCAGACUUUGUGCGCCUGUGCCUGACCAGGGACCAGCACGAGAGGCCUUCUGCUCUCCAGCUCUUGAAGCACUCCUUCCUGAAGAGGAGCCAGUGAGCACGCCCCAACUUCCCACUCUAGACCCCACCCCCACUCCCGGCUCUGCUGUGGGGAAUGAUGGUUAAGGGACUUAUUUUCCUGUUGUAAAUUCAACCUAGCCCAAUUUAACCAGAUCCUGCAGCAUUAUUGGAAAGUUUUAGUUACGUGCUGACCUUAAACUUCAGGCAUGACUGUCUGUGUGCAUGAGAAGAAAAUUUUCAUAAUAAUAAUUAAAAAAAAACCCACCCAACCCCCCAUUCCAGUGUUUACAAUUUGGAUCGCCCAAGAGCUGUCUCUACUGCUUUAUGUACAUCUUUUAAUUUUUUUUGAGACAGGGGUCUCACCACAUAGCCCUGGCUGUCCUGAAACUCACUCUGUAGACC